AUGCCUCCGAUCUACACACUCAAUCAUGGCGACGCCGACAAGGAACGGCAGCGCCUUGACUUCCAACAUUGCAUAUUCAAGACUCUUACUCGCGGUGAUCUUCCUACCGUCAUUUGGCAGCAUCUCAAGUCCCUCCCAGCCCCCAAGGUCGCCGACGCGAACACUGGGACUGGCAUAUAUCUUAAGGAGCUCGCCCCAAAGCUUCCCAAGGAAGCACAGCUGGACGGCUUCGACAUUGAUACGCGUAAAUUUCAUGACCCCUCUUCUUUGCCAGCCAAUGUCAAACUACAAUAUGGCAACGUGCUGGAGCCUUUUACGAAAGAGUAUCUGGGAACAUAUGACUUGGUAAAUGUCAAGUUGCUCUAUGCAGCGUUGAAGAAGGAUGAGUGGCUGCAAGCUGUGAAGAACCUAAAGACCCUACUUAAACCGGAUGGGUUCCUGUUCUGGUGCGAGAUAGGAGCCUACGGGUAUGCCAGUAACCCAUACUCAGCCGCCCUCCAUGAUUGGAAGAGGAUUGAGUCUGCAGCCGCUGUCAAAUUCGGGCGUGAUCCGAAGUGCCCCGUUCUCCUACCAACUCAGUUCAAGGAAGCUGGCUUCCAGCAAGUUGACGAAAAGGUUUUUGUCACGUUGGGAAGACCUGAUCUGACUCCAGUUAUUAACAGAGUGGCUUUGGAGUACAUGGCACAAAGUCUGAAUGGCAUUUUAUUGUUGGAUGAGGACAGGAGCCUGGGGUUGACCGAGAGCGGGAUAAGGUUACUGGUUGAAGCGCUUACUACAGAGACCGAGGAUGGUGUCGAGGUGGGGACCAACUUGCAUUGGGUUUGGGGUCAAAAUGAUGGCAUGUUAUAA